AUGAAGCCGUCCCAAUUCAUCCUCACAUUUUUCGUCGCCGCAAUGUUCGAAACAAUCUGCGUCACUGGUUUCGAGUGGGAACCGGUAGCUGAUGUUGAAAAUCCUGCUACUGAAUUUGAUGCUGUCCACCCACCAAACGCGUUGCGACGCAUCCAAGCCACGAUGGACUUGCCUGGCACAGAGCUUGAAAGUGAUGGGUCUACUACCGGCGCUUCCGCAUCUGCUGCAAGCACGACAAAUGACACAGAAGCACCCACAACGAUCAUGGUGCUAUUGCCUGAUAACCUCGCGCAAAGCUACUCUGGCUCUGGCAGCGUCAUGUUCUUUGAUGGAGCAGUGGGCGACAACGACAAAGACAACAGUAAGUCGGCAGGGUCGAACUCUGUUAAUGACGAAGCAUCCAACGCGGCUUCGAUCGAGAUGGCGUCUGCGGUGACCGCGUUUAUGAUUCUGUUUGCGCUCGUGAUGGCGUAA